GGUAUAAAACAAUUUCUUUCUUUAAGUAGUUCUUCUUUAAUGAUCUUUUCUUGUUCACAAAACCCAUUUCCUUCUCUAGACAACCAACACAGAGAGAGACUGAGAGAGUAAAGAUAUGUCGACGCCACCGCAGAAGCCAUGGAAAGCUGAAUAUGCGAAGUCAGGGAGAUCAUCAUGCAAAGCCUGUAAGAGUCCCAUUGCCAAAGAAAUACUUAGAUUAGGGAAAAUGGUACAAGCUACACAGUUUGAUGGUUUCAUGCCUAUGUGGAACCACGCUAGUUGCAUACUCAAGAAAGCAAACCAGAUCAAAUCUCCCGAUGAUGUUGAAGGGUUAGACUCGCUUCGAUGGCAAGAUCAGCAGAAGAUAAGGAAAUACGUAGAAGGUGUUGGAUCUUCUUCGAGUUCGCCAACUGCCACUACUAAUGAAUGUGGUGUGGAAGUAUCACCGUCUGGACGUGCUGCAUGUAGGCGCUGCAGUGAGAAAAUUCCGAAGGGAGAGGUGCGCAUAUCAACUAAGGCUGAGGGGCCAGGUGCAAGGGGUGUGCAAUGGCACCAUGCCACUUGUUUCUUGAAAUCAUCUCCUUCCACCCAAGUGGAUAAGCUUACAGGGUGGGAUAAGCUUUCAGUUUCCGAACAACAAAAUUUACGUGCACUGAAUCAAAAGGGGGCUUCCACUGUUAAACAAGAGAGGCAGAAGAAUGAAGAGCAUGCUGAACAAUCUGCAAAGGUUGGGACAAAACGUAAAAUGGUUGCUGCUGGUGACCAAGUCCUCAAAAUUCCUAAACCCGAAGAAGGUGUCUCCUCUAGCAGGGGAGCUAGUGAAAAACAUGGAAGUAAAGCUGUACAGCCAGCUUCUGAUCUGGAAACCACGCUAGAAGCUCAAUCGAAAGAAAUAUGGGCCAUUAAGGAUGAUCUCAAAAAGCAUGUGGCAACAUCGGAGCUGCGAGAAAUGCUUGAGGCAAAUGAGCAAGAUUCAGCUGGAUCUGAAUUUGAUUUGCGUGAUCGCUGUGCUGACGGGAUGCUGUUCGGUGCACUGACUAAAUGCCCUGUUUGCUCCGGUCCUCUGCAUUAUUCUGGAGGUAAUUAUCGUUGCCAUGGCUAUGUGUCAGCAUGGAGCAAGUGCUCAUAUUCAACUACUUCCCCUGAGCGUGUCAAGGAGAAAUGGAGAAUUCCUGAAGAAACAAGUAAUGAAUAUCUUCGCCAGUGGUUCAAGUCUCAAAAAGCAAGGAAACCUAUUCGGGUUCUACCUCCCCCAUCUUCUAACAAAGCUUCGGGAAAUCAAGCUGUGAAUGUCCUGUCUCAGACAUCAAAAGUUGAAACGUUGGAAGGUCUCAAAGUUUCGUUUGCUGGAUUCCCAAAAAAAUCCGUGAAAACUGUGCAGGAGGAAUGGAAGCGAAAAAUUGAGGGUAGUGGUGUGCUGAUACAUCCAAAGGUUAAGAGAGAUACUGAUUGCCUAGUUGUGAGUGGUGAGGCAGAUGGUGAAGAUCCCGAGAUUAAAAAAGCAAGGAGAAUGAAAGUUUCUGUUGUGAGAGCAAGUUACAUUGAAGAGUGUAUGAAAAGGCAGAAGAGGCUUCCAUUUGAUCAAUAUAAAGUUGAAGCUGUUGGCAAGGCUUCCAAAAGUAUUGUCACUGUGAAAGUCAAGGGAAGAAGUGCGGUGCAUGAAGCAUCUGGUCUGCAAGAUACAGGCCACAUUCUUGAGGAUGGGAGAAGUAUCUAUAAUACGACCUUAAACAUGUCCGACUUAUCAACUGGAGUUAACAGUUAUUAUAUUCUUCAAGUAAUCCAAGAUGAUAAAGGGUCCGACUGUCACGUGUUCCGCAAGUGGGGACGUGUCGGAAAUGAUAGGAUUGGUGGAACCAAACUGGAAGAGAUGUCAAAAUCUGAUGCAAUUAUAGAAUUCAAGCGUUUAUUCCUGGAGAAGACAGGAAAUACCUGGGAAUCAUGGGAACAGAAGGAUAAUUUUCAGAAGCAACCUGGAAGAUUCUUCCCACUAGAUAUUGACUAUGGAGUCAACAAACAAUUGAAAGAAAAGAAAAGUUUCAACGAGAUAAAGAGCCACCUUGCUCCUCCUCUAGUUGAACUAAUGAAGAUGCUCUUUAACGUAGAAACAUACAGGAAUGCCAUGAUGGAAUUUGAGAUAAAUAUGUCAGAAAUGCCUCUGGGAAAGCUGAGCAAAAGUAACAUUCAAAAGGGUUUUGAGGCAUUAACAGAGAUCCAGAAUCUGUUGAAUGGCAACAGUGACUCUUCUAUGAAAGAGAGUUUGCUUGUAGAUGCCAGCAACCGUUUUUUCACUGUGAUUCCUUCAAUCCAUCCCCAUGUCAUCAGAGGCGAAGAUGAUUUUAAGUUGAAGGUGAAAAUGUUAGAAGCUCUUCAGGACAUUGAAAUAGCUUCGAAGCUGGUUGGUUUCAAUGGUGACGACGACGACGAGACCUUAGAUGAUAAGUAUAAGAAGCUCCACUGUAACAUUAAACCACUGCCUCAUGACAGUGAUGAUUAUAAGCUGGUCGAGAAGUAUCUCCAUACAACUCAUGCCCCCACACACAUGGAUUGGGGUCUCGAGCUGGAAGAUGUUUUUGCAGUUGAACGAGCAGGGGAGGUUGAUAAGUUUGCUCCAUACAGACAGAAACUAAACUAUCGGAUGCUUCUUUGGCAUGGUUCACGUUUGACAAACUUUGUGGGUAUUCUCAGUCAAGGAUUAAGAAUAGCUCCUCCAGAAGCUCCAGCAACUGGUUAUAUGUUUGGAAAAGGAGUUUACUUCGCUGAUCUGGUGAGUAAGAGUGCUCAGUAUUGCUUCACUGACAAAAAGAAUCCAGUGGGUUUAAUGCUUUUGAGUGAAGUCGCCCUGGGAGAGGUGCAUGAGCUCAAGAAAGCCUCGUAUAUGGAUAAACCUCCCCGAGGGAAACACUCAACGAAAGGGCUGGGGAAGAUGGUACCAAAGGAAUCAGAGUACGUGAAAUGGAGGGAUGACGUGGUUGUUCCUUGUGGGAAACCAGUUGCAUCAAAUGUUAGGGCCUCUGAGCUGAUGUACAACGAAUAUAUCGUUUAUAAUACUGCCCAGGUUAAAAUGCAGUUCUUGCUCAAGGUAAGGUUUAAGCACAAAAGGUGACCAGAUCUUGAGAUAGGUUGCUGAUCAUUAUUCCCAGUCAUUCCAAGGUAAGAGUACUUUUGCGCAAUGCUAUUGUGUGGGAAAUUGGAUUUUGGAUGACAGUUAGAUCCAUUUUUUGGGGGUAUGAAUGAUGCCAAGUUUUGGUAAGAUCUCAUUUUGGGAGUUUUGGGAGAUCUAUCAGUCGAAAUCUGUUUUGAAUGCUUAGAAAAAGUUUGUGUAUAUGUAAAUAGUACUUCUCUUGUCAAUGAAAACAAAAAAAAAGAGACCUACAUUUGAUCAA